AUGUCGUUCUGGGAGGUGGUGGGUGGGGCCGACAAAGGCGGGAUUUUGGUCCGGGAGGGCCAGAGUUUGAAGUCUACUGAGUUGUCUGGGCGGCUCUCCACUGGUGCAAUUCUUGGCGAGUUGGAACGGGCGGGUGAGCGGCUGAAGUAUUGCUUGCUGAAAGGCACAGGACCAGCAGAGGGGUGGGUGAGCCUUAAGAUUGCUGGUAAAGAGCUUGUCCAGCCCACUUCUACGCCUGAAGGAAAGCCAGAAGUGCUGGAGCCGUUCCCCAAAGAGGUGAAGCACUUGGUGCCGGAAUCUUCGCCUUUUCCUUUCCCAAGCGGCCGAUGUUUUGGAAAAGAUGGAAAGAUGAAGAUGCUCUAG